AUGGCGGAAGAGAGCACCGGCUGCCCCUUGCCGCGCCUGCCCUGGGCGUCCGUGCUGCGCGCCGCGCUGCUGCUGGCGCUCGCCGGCGUCGCCAUCCACUGCCUUGUCUGUAGCCAGCGGCUCGCGCGGCAGCAGCAGCAGCACCGGCAGCCACAGCUCGAGCCACCUGCGGGGGACAUCGCGGAGCUGCAGCUCAAUCACUCAGGUCCUCGGCAGGACCCCAGACUGCACUGGCAGGCGGGCCCGGCUCUGGGCCGCUCCUUCCUGCAUGGACCAGACCUGGACGAGGGGCAGCUGCGUGUCCACCGGGACGGCAUCUACAGGCUGCACAUCCAGGCUACGCUGGCCAACUGCUCUUCCACGGGCACCACGCGGCCCCACGGCGCCACCCUGGCCAUCGGCAUCUGCUCCCCAGCCACCCACAGCGUCAGCCUCCUACGCCUCCACUUCCACCGGGGCUGCACCGUCACCUCCCAGCGCCUGACGCCCCUGGCCCGCGGAGACGUGCUGUGCACCAACCUCACCCUGCCCCUGAUGCCCUCCCAAAAUGCUGACGAGACCUUCUUUGGCAUCCAGUGGGUGCACCCCUGA